UAAAGAUGGAUGAUUUCAGGGUUUUGUUGUUAGUUGGCUUGAGUUUGUUGGUAGUAAUAAGCGAAGCUGCAAUCCCUACAAAAACACUCAGACAAAUUGAUAAGGCUAAUAGAGAUGGACCUUAUUUGGGAUUGGUGAUUCCAAAUCAAUUUGAGCUAAACCCUCUUCUUCAACAUCCUAGCUAUAAACCCUCUAAUCUCACAAUCGACGUCUCAGGAAGACUAUUUAGAUUUGGAACUGUUGCUGGACAAAAGGCCAUUUUGGUUAUGACUGGAUUGGCUAUGGUAAAUGCAGGCAUCACGACACAACUUCUGGUGACAUUGUUCAAUCUGAAAGGAGUUAUACAUUAUGGAAUAGCAGGAAAUGCAGAUCCAUCUCUUCACAUUGGAGAUGUUGCCAUUCCUCAGUAUUGGUCUCACUCAGCUCUCUGGAAUUGGCAGAGGUAUGGAGAUGGACCAGAAAAUCCCCUAGCACUUGAAGCUGGUGGUGACUACACAAGAGAUAUUGGUUACAUCAAAUUUGCAAAUUACUCCACAAAGCCCACUGAUAAUUUCUUGAACAAUGUGUGGUAUCAACCUGAGGAAGUUUUCCCCAUCGAUGGCACCCCUGAGGAAAGACAACACAUUUUUUGGGUCCCUGUAGAUCCCCAUUAUUUCAAUCUCGCCAAAAAAUUAGAGGAGGUGACAUUAGAGAAGUGUCUAAAUGCAACAUUAUGCCUAACUUACCCUCCGAAAAUCACCCGAGUAGCGCGAGGUACAAGCGCCAGCAUCUACGUGGACAAUGCAGCUUAUAGAAGUUUCAUAUACGACAAAUUUGAGGUGAGUCCCGUUGAGAUGGAGAGUGCCGCUGUGGCGUUGAUCUGCCACCAGCAGAGGGUCCCUUUUAUUACUUUCCGGGCGCUUUCCGACCUCGCUGGAGGCGGCACGGAAGAGUCCAACGAGGCCGACACGUUCACCCCGCUCGCCGCCACCAAUUCAGUGGAGGUGGUCGUUCAAUUCAUCAAUAUAUUGAGCCAAAGCUUGGUCGAGUAUGAGUGAGCUAGGCUAUGUUGGCUUGCUUUUUUUAUUUCCACUUUUUGUCUCAUUUAAUAAAGAAAAAGUCGUUUCUCGACGUGUCUUCGUGUUUCUGUUUAGCCCUCUUGUACCUAUUUAAGAGUUUUCAAUAAAUCGAGUUAAAUGUCUUGUGUCUUA